UGAGUUAAAUCAUGCAGCUUCUCAACUGUACUCUGCCUUCUCCUGUCUAUAUAAACCCUUUCUUGAACCCCAUCAACACUCAUCUUUGGUUCCUUCUAAAACCCUUAUAGCUAAUGGCAAAGAUGACUUCCAAGUUGUUCCUUGUCUUGCUUCUUGGUGCUUUUGUUUGUACUAGUACUGCUGCUAGGAAUCUCGUGAGUGAGAAGGCUUCUUUUGAGGAUGAAAAAUUCUUUCGUCGCCCAAGAUCUGGUGGGGGUCUUGGAGGUGGAGGUGGUGGUGGUUUCGGCGGAGGUGGAGGUGGUGGGUUAGGUGGUGGUGGUGGUGGUGCUGGAGGUGGAGCAGGGUUUGGUGGUGGUGCUGGAGGUGGUGCUGGGGGUGGACUUGGUGGAGGUGCUGGUGGUGGUGGAGGGUUCGGAGGUGGUGGUGGAGGAGGAUUAGGUGGUGGUUCUGGUUUUGGAGGAGGAGCUGGUGGCGGGUUUGGAGGCGGUGCUGGUGCUGGUGGUGGCCUUGGAGGCGGUGCUGGUGCUGGUGGUGGCCUUGGAGGCGGUGCUGGAGGUGGAGGUGGUUUUGGAGGAGGAGGUGGUGGUGGACUGGGUGGGGGAGCUGGCGGUGGGUUUGGCGCUGGUGGUGGUGCUGGUGGUGGACUUGGAGGUGGACUGCCUUGAAGAGAUUCGGUUAAUUACAACUACUGCAAUAAUUAGCUUAUUCUAUUCUUCAAAUUGAUAUUUGGCCUCUACUUCCAUAUGAAAUAUAAUAUGCCUCUCAUGUUUCCUUGAUCUUUUCUGAAAGCUUUUAAGUGAAAUGAAAUAAUCUCUUUGCGACA